GUGACCCGGCUCCCGCAUCUGCCUGUCCGGGAAAAAACGGUGCGGUGGACUGGGCCUCCCCGCCGGUACCGAGGAGACGGGGACGCGACGCUCACCUGCUCUGGGUGAUGGUGAACAGAAGUGCUGAGCGAAGAGGUGACAGAGGAAGCAAGAUGCUGGUAUCACGGACCAAGGGCGAGAGAGAGAGAGACACACACACAGGGAGAGAAACCGCACUCCCGGAAAAACAAGACGAGAGGAGGAGGAGGAGGGGAGAGACGCCGGAAGGAGCCAGCAGGGAUUCCGGAAGGAGCCGACCGAACGAUUUAAGAGGCGGACAGCAAAACAUCUGGAGGCUCAGCGAGGGUGGGGAGAUUUGCGAGCUGCAAAGAGGAGUUAAUUUGUCUGAAAGCCUCUUAUUAAUCCAGUUUGUUUUGAGGGGAACUGUUUUAACUACUGGGGAUGCGCAGUGAUCAUUGUUGCGCCUAACCAAGAACAUCAACAACAAACCACAAGGACAGGCUAUCGACCUUUUUUUUUUUUAAAUUCAUGUUAGUUGUGCCCAUCUGGGAUUUCAGCACUCCGCCUGCAGAGAUCAAGGGCACCUCGGCGCUAUGGCCGAGCGCGGAGCCCACCUCAGCUCGGCCUCGCUGGAGCGGGACGACAGGCCCUCUAUCUUCGAGGUGCUCGCCCAGGACUCGCUCAUGGCCUCGGUCAGACCAGCCUUGCAGCACGCAGUAAAGGUGCUGGCGGAGUCCAGCCCGGCCCGGUACGGCGGCCUGUGGCGCUGGUUCGACGAGAUCUACACCGCCCUGGACCUGCUGCUGCAGCACCACUUCCUGUCCCGGACCAGCGCCUCGUUCUCCGAGAACUUCUACAGCCUGAAGCGCGUGCCCCCCGGGGCCGGCGGGCGGCUGGCCAGCCUGGGCCUGCCCCGGCGGCAGCGCUGGCGCUCCCUGCUGCUGCUGGCGCUGCUGCCGUACCUGCGGGCCAAGCUGGAGAGGCUCCUGGGCCGGCUGAGGGAGGAGGACGACUUCUCCAUCCGCGUGCCCCGCUCGGCCUGCGGCCGGCUCUGCAGGGCCUUCCUGGCCACCUGGCCCUUCUGCAGCAUGGCGUGGGAGGGCUGGGUCUUCUGCCAGCAGCUGCUCUACGUCUUCGGCCGCGCGCGGCACCACUCCCCCCUGCUGCGGCUGGCCGGGGUCCGGCUGGCCCGGCUCACGGCCCAAGACAUCCGAGCCCUGGACCUCAAGCCCACAGCGGCGUCCACCUCCACCUCCGCCUCCCCUCUCAGUGCUGGGGAGAAGCUGCGCCAUUUCCUCAGCACCGCGGUGGGGGGGGUGGCCGUGUCCAUCUCCACCGGGCUGUCCGUCGGGGUCUUCUUCCUGCAGUUCCUGGACUGGUGGUAUUCCUCGGAGAACCAGGGCACCAUCAAGGCCCUGACCUCCCUGCCCACCCCUCCCCCUCCUCUGCACCUGGAUCAGCCAGAACUUCCUGUGGGCAAGAGCGAGUGUCCUCUGUGCCGCAAAGCCCGCACCAACGACACCGCGCUGGCCACCUCCGGCUACGUCUUCUGCUACCGCUGUGCUUACGCCUACGUCAAGGCCCACCAGCGCUGCCCGCUGACCGGGUACCCUACUGAACUGCAGCACCUGAUCAAGCUCUACUGCCCCGAAGGGUAGACCGCUGGAGAAGCGUCACUCAAAUACUUCACAGGGACAUAGCAACAGGGCAGACAGCCAAAUCGACGCGUGAUGAAAAUGGAGCCUGGCAGCUUCGUUUCUGAGGCACAAAUUCUAAUGUAACAAGAAAGCGCUUUUCCCAGUAGCUUUGGUAAAUUUAAACUGGUCAUAAAGGACAGCAGAUUGCCACGGGGUACCCAGGCCUGUCCCAGACUAAUAAGAAAACUAUACACAUCCAUUCUCAUCUCCCAUCAUGUCAUGGUUCCUACACUGUAGCUGAAGAGCACCGUACAAAUCCGUGGAUACUUCAGUGUACGUCUGUC